CUUAUUUUACAUUCACACACAUACAGGUCUCAGAGUUUGCAGUUAAGCUUGUAUAAUGGAACACAUCUAUGAAAAUUCCACCAUCGGAAUCGGCAUUCAUUCUUCAAACAACAAGCACUCCCAUUUUCAAGGUAAACCCACAGUUCAGUGCGAGAGAGAAGUUGCCUCCUUUAAAUGGAUUAAAGUUCCUCUAAUUGUUUUCGGUGUGUCACUGACUUUUGCUCUGGGAGGCGUCUGCGGUUUCCUUUAUGCUGGUAAAUCCACCUUGUGUGACAUUCAGAAUGACCAGCACAAUGUUCCAAAACUGAUGCCAGAGAACAAGUCUUGUGUAUCAGACUCUGAGAAAGAGAUUUUAGCCAAGUACCACAGAGUUGAAGAAUGUCUCUCCUCUUGCACUGAAUUCAAUGCUCCGUGCAAACUCUGCAAGGAGGGCUGGACAGCGUUUAGUGGAAAGUGCUACUUCUUCUCCGAUGUAAAUCAAACAUGGUUUGAGAGUCGUGAUUCGUGUGCAUCAUUACAAGCUCAUCAGGUCAUAAUAGACAGUAAAGCAGUACAGGAUUUUCUGGUCUCUAAAAUUCAAGAGACUCACUGGAUUGGUCUGAAUGAUCAAGACACAGAGGGACAGUGGAUUUGGGAGAAUAACCAAACUCUCAAAGAAACAGGAGUAGAGUAA